AUGUUCUCCGCCGCGCACACGCAUCCCAACUCGUCUUUGCCAAGUCUAAAAGGCAGCGCUUCUGCCGGAAGCUUACCGCAGCUUGGCUCGUUGUCGCUGCUCCAGCGCAUGACGCCGCUCAAGUCGCCUGUGGCUGCGCUUCCAACGCAGCGGUCGCUGACGCUGCUUAAUCUUGAAUUUGCGCCGCCGGCGAAAAAAUCGCGGCCCAACUCGCCUGCGCUCGGCGCCGCAGUGCUUCACACCCCGAGCGCGGAGCGCAUGGCGCCUCCGCUCGACCGCCUUAGCGCGCCCGACCUGCUGGCGCGCGGGAAGCCGCCCUUCACAAUCUCCCCGAACGACACGCCGCUCCAAACGCCUAGCCAAUCGCCGCCCCUCGCGCCCGUGGCCACGGUUCAGCCGCCGUUCAACUCGGGCCAUUUGUUCAGCAAACUAGAGCAGCAGGUGCAGCGCGACGACAGCAUCGCCAUCAACGGGACGAUGUUGCCGCCCAUCCGCUCGGUGUUCAAUUUGCCCGAGCCCCAGGCGCUGCGCAACUAG